AUGAGUAUCAAAAUCAAAACCGAGAAUACGAAGUUAAAGAAUGACAAAGAAGUUGAAACUGAGAAUAUAAAGUUAAAACAGGAUUUAGAUGAAUUUAAAAAAGAACUAGAGUUGGAGAAAGCCGAUAAUGGAAAAUUCAGCAUCGGCUCCAUAGCACUAGCUGGUGAAACUUUUAGUUUUCCGAUUGUUCUUGGAGAAAGAAUUAUAGUCAAAAAUAAUAUAAUCCCUUUUGAUCAAUUCAAUGUUGGACUUCUCAAGAGAUUAAUUUUGGAGGAGAGAGACGAUAUUAGUAGCUUUAAAAUGCAUCUUUGGAAGGUUGGGACCGAUGAAACCGAUGAAAACAUAGAAAAACUUAAAAAUACCGAAAUUGACAUUAAAAAUGAAUUUGGAGGUGAUAAGUUGAACGAUUCUAAAUUGGUUCAAAACGUUUUCUCAGUUACACCCCCAGAAGAACGCAUCCAUAUCAUCGUGCAACCACUCUCCACCACUGGUCAAGUGCGUAUUAAUAUACAAAGUUGUAACCUUGAUUAUCUGCCUCGACAAGAUGGUUAUGGAG